CUUACCCACUUUCUGGGAGAGAAGAGCCCAGAGAAGUCCCGUUCUUUGGCCAACGUCACAGAACUAGAUUCGGUCACUGAAAAGAGAAUCAAAUCCCUGAAAGGCCAGAACGGUAGGUGUCCAGCACCCUCCUCGAACAGAUGGAGAAGAUGAGGCUGCUCAAGGUCACACACUCAUAGGUUUUGCAAAAGCCAGCCGCCAGAAGAUUUGGCCCCAGAGGCAGUAGCCAAGCCCUGCUGGGCCUCCCUCAGUCACUUCCCUGCUCACCCCCUGCCAGCCCCAACAGUCUCCCUUGAAGCCCCUGUCACCAGCCAUAUCACAGCCACAUCAGCACUCAGCAUCGUAGCUCCAGGUCGCUCACCAUGGACCGCAGAGCCCUCUGUUUCCUGUCCUGUUGCCUGCUCAUCUGUGUGAUUUCAGCUGAGAUCCAGGAGCAUGGCAGAACUCCAAAGGCUCAGAAAAAGAGGGGCCUCAAAACAGCCAGACCUGGUGAGGUGAAGCCCUCAGGAGCCCCAAGCGGGAGAAAACCCAAAUCGGACCAGAGCCAGAAGCCUCUGCAGAAGAAGACGCCUUCGGUGGUUGCAACCCCCGGUCCCCCGGCCUCCUCCAUCCUGACCCAGGUGUUAGGGCGGGGCCACUUCCAGAAGGUGGAGGACUCUCUGAGCCUACGUGCUGGGGAGCCCCUGGAGCUGCGCUGCCGGGGGAAGGUGGUCCAUUGGAGGGUGCCUGUAUACCUGGAAGAGGAGGGCGAGGGACGCCUGAGAAUCAAGCACUUCAGCCAGCACAGUCGGUUACAGCUGGUGAACUCCACGGGCGCGGACACAGGGGAAUACAGCUGCUGGACUCGGCACUGCCAGGACGCCCAGUGCUCGGAAGGCGAGGACCACCAGGGAAAGACCUUCAUCUUCUUCACAGACCCAGAAGAGCUCUUUGUCCCCACAGAGAAUUAUUAUGAGGUGGUGCAGUUACGCAGCCAUCAACCAGUCCUGCUCCCCUGCCAGGUGACCAACCCCCUGGCCCAGGUGACGCUGCAUCGGGAGUUCCCCCCGGAGGAGAUCCCAGUGGAUGGGACAGACAUCUCCUUUGAUGUGAAGAAGGGCUUCACCAUCCACCGGCCCCGAGCUUCCUUGGCUGGUUCCCUCUUCUGCUUGGCCAGCCUAGGUGGCAUGAGACAAAUCUCUACCAAGUACAUGCUGAUCUACAUCAACUACCCAUCUUCGUCCCCCAAACCCACCAUCCAAGCUUCAGCAACAUCAGUCCAACUGGGAGACAACUUCAGUGUGACCUGCACAGUUCUGAGCGAGCCGGAGAUUGCUGUGGACUUCCGUUGGGAAUAUCCGGGGCAGAAGCUGGGCCGACCCCCCUACAUCAGCGAGUGGGCCGACGUGGUACGCCGAAAGGGCCAGGUACAGCAGGAGGCAGGAAGCACCCUGUAUGUGGAAGAGGCCCGGGCUGGGGAUGCUGGCGUCUACAUCUGCCGUGCCACCAACCUUCAGGGCACUGGGACUGCCACCACCCGUGUCCGUGUGACCCGAAACCCUGGUGUCUCUCCUGCCCCUUCCUAGCUCCCUCCUCGGCUGCAGGCAUCUGGGCGUGGAGGAGUGGGCAGCAGUGGGUGUAGGUAACUGUGUGAACGCUGGUGUUUUUUAUGCCAAGGAGGUGCCCUCGCAGGGCAGGAAUAACCUUAGCCUUCACCCCUUACACUCUCCAAUCCCUGUUUUCACCCCUCACUUCAACUUCACUGCCUCAUUCCAAGCCCUGACCUGUUCUGACAGCCAGCCUUUUCUCCAACCUCCUGAGGCUGGGCAAAUCUAGGGCCAGUGGGGCACCAGUACCCAAGGAGGGAGCCCAGAACCACUGUGAGUCACCCAGGCCCCUGGACUUAUUCCUCAAAGAUGCCUGCCUUUAGCAGAGGUCAUCAUGAAGACCCACCUCCACCCUCUCCCAGGAAAACACAGAGGCCAAGUAAAAAUGAUACUGUGCAUUCUAUUUGGUUUCCAUAGCUUGUCUGCCCCAGGAUGAGAUUAUGACCACAGUUUAUCUCCUUUCAUCCAUCACAGGCUACAUGAGGGAAACCCUGUUCCCCACAACUUGUCCCUUCUCCAGCUCAGCCCCUCCAAUUAAAACAAUGCUUUCUAAAGGGCAUUCUGCAGCCUGAAGUGCUGGGUUUGGGGUAGAAACUUGGUCAAAGAAGUUUAGAAAUGCUGAAUACUUUGCUUCCUUCUUGGGAAUUUGCAAUGUAUGUUAGCAUAUUAAAGGUUCUGAGAAGUC